AGUAUCUUGUUUUGUUUGACGGAAGGAUGAACAUCUGAUUCGUAGAUCAAUGGCUCCGACUAAGAAAAGAGACAAGCAUCGCAGUUCGAAUAAAAAUGUUCAGUCGAGAGUGCGAACGGAUGAAGCUUGUGUCGUUGCGCAGAAAGCUGUUGUUGAUGAAGUGAAGGCUGCAGUUCGAGGAUCGCCGAAUGCGUCUGCAUCUGAAAAAUAUGUUCGAAAAUCGAAGAGCCGUGGAGACCCUCCAUCGACCGCUGCACUCCUGAAAAAGGUCAACGAAUGCUUGGACGCCUUUCAAUAUGAACUCGCCAAAAAGUUCUCACAGCGAUCGGUCGAGUCGGACCCGAAUAAUUUGGAAGCUUUAGAAAUGCACGCUGUUGUUCUGACCGAGUGUGGAGACGUGGAUGGCGCGAAAGUUUUCUACGAGAAAACAAUUGCUCUGAAGCCCGACGAAGGUUACUCGAAAUAUUUGGGCCACGCUCAACUUGUGGACGGCAUUGAAUCUUUGAAUUCUUACAGUAAAGCUAUCUUGUUGAUGGAAAAAGCGUUGGCGGAUAUUGAUGACUCUUCUGAAAACUCCGAUGAAGAUGAUAGAGAGGAGGGUGAAAACCUCAGUGGCACUCAGUUGAAAACUCAGUUAUCUUCCGCCCAUUGCUCCAUUGCCGAAUUGUUUAUGACUGACCUAUGCGACGAACCAGAAGCCGAAGGCGAAUGCAAGAAGCACAUCAAUCAAGCAAUCGAAAGAGAUCCAAAGAACCCGGAAGGAUACCAAUUGAUGGCGAGCUUCUGUCUCGUCAAGGCCGAUGUUGACCUCGCCAGAGACUUCAUGACCAAGUCCCUCAACUUGUGGCUUGACGAACAGAAAGUUACCGUCUCCGGAGCGGCUUGUGCGAAAUCCGAUCCUGUGUUAAUGUGCUCAUUGCCUCGAAGCACGCGCUUCAGUUCUGCGAAAUUAUGCAUAGAAUUGGACAUGUGGAAAGAAGCCAUUCAGAUCUUGGAUGUACUAAUUGAAGAGGGGGACGAAGAUGCGGAUGCCUGGUAUCUGCUUGGUUAUGUGUACUAUCUACGUGGAGAAAAGUUUUUCAAGAAGGCGAGGACUUAUUUCCAAAAGGUCAUCGAGUUGUGCAAGAAAAAUGGCGAAUCAGAUUCGGAUUUGCUCGAAAAUGUGACGCAGCUGUGCGAAGAAAUCGGGGUUACGGCUGCCGGCGAAAGUGAUGACGAAGAUGAUGAAGAUUGGGAGAGUGCUGAUGAGGAAUCAUCCGAUUCAGAUUUGGAUGAAGCUUUGCGAGAAAUGGAUUUGGAAAAUUGUGAAAGUUGACCUUCUUGAUGAGGCUCGAGAAGUGAUCUUUGCGUUCAUGUUCGUGCUUCUCGGAAGAUUUGGGGUUCAAUACAUUUGAACGCUCGCUUUGGUCGAACAAGUUAUUUUAAAAUUCCAGAUGGUCCAUGGUUGGUGCUCAGAAAUGUUUACCUUUCGACGUGUCCCCCG